UUCACAACUCAGAGCUACUGAAAAAUUAAUGGAGCUUCCUCUUAUGGCAGCUGCUCUAAUUCUUGUCUCGAUUUUUCUGUUGGCUGGUGAUGUUUCGGCAGAAAGAUCGACAUAUAUUGUCCAUAUGGACAAAUCCUCCAUGCCCAAGGCAUUCUCCAGCCACCAUCAUUGGUAUUCUUCCAUGCUCACUUCUGCUAAAUCACUCGACGAAUCUGAAUCGAAGAUUAUCUACACUUACGAUAAUGCCUUCCAUGGAUUCAGUGUGGUGAUGAACAAACAAGAACUGGAAGCCUUAAAGAAGUUGCCCGGUUUCCUUUCGGCUUUUGAAGAUGGUGUUGUCACAGCAGACACCACACAUUCCUAUAAAUUCCUCUCACUCAACACUGCUUCGGGAUUGUGGCCGGCAUCUAACUACGGCAAAGAUGUGAUAAUCGGAAUCCUAGACACCGGAAUUUGGCCGGAGAGUCCGAGCUUUAGGGAUGAAGGCAUGACUGCAAUCCCAGCAAAGUGGAAGGGCAGUUGCCAAGGCGGCCAAGAUUUCAAUUCGUCUUUGUGCAACAAGAAACUCAUCGGAGUCAGAUAUUUCAACCAAGGUACUCGUGCCGCAUUCCCUGAUAACCCUGUCCCGGAUACUGCGAGGGACAACGAAGGUCACGGGACCCAUGUUGCCUCCAUUGCCGCCGGUAAUUACGUCGACGGAGUAUCCUUCUUCGGUUACGCCCCCGGAACCGCAAGAGGGGUGGCACCACGGGCCAGGCUGGCGGCGUAUAAAGUCCUGUUCGGCGGAGGCUACGAAUCGGAUGUACUGGCGGGAAUCGACCAGGCGGUGGCUGACGGUGUUGAUAUAAUUUCAAUUUCGAUUACUUUUCGGCGGGCCAGUCUGUACGAGAACCCUAUCGCUGUAGCUGCCUUUGGUGCUCGUGAGAAGGGGGUCUUGGUUUGUUUCUCCGCAGGAAAUCGCGGCCCAAGCGGCGCUACUGUUCGAACAGGAAUACCCUGGGCCGUGGUGGUCGGAGCAGGAACCGUUGAUCGUUGGUUCAGUGGGACCGUGACCCUCGGCAAUGGGAAAUCCAUCACAGGGUGGACCACUUUUCCUACAAGAACACCAAUCAGAAACUUGCCUCUGGUUUACAAUGAGAUAUUGUCUGCCUGCAACUCAACUGAAUUAUUGGCGGAAGCACCAUUCAGCAGCAUAAUCAUCUGCAACAAGACAGAGGAAGAUAUAGCUUUCUCUGGCCUGUGGGACUAUCUGGCGGAGUCCCAUGUCCGAGCAGUUAUUAUUAUUUCCGAAGACAUCAGAUUACUUCGAUCCAAUAAUUUUCAAUUUCCCGGUGCUAUGAUCACUCCGGCUCAAUCAGUGGAGGUGGUCAGUUACGCAUCAAGUAGUACCUCUCCAACAGCAAGCAUCGAUUUUCAGCAGACGAUUAUAGGGACUGAGUCGAGAGCUGCUCCAGCAUUAUCGGAUUUCUCAUCUAGAGGGCCUGCACUAAGCUAUGACCGGAUAUUGAAGCCCGACAUAAUGGCACCAGGAGCGCUGAUCUUAGCAGCGUACAAUCCUUACAGUAUUAAUAGUGCACCGAUUAUCGGUAAGAACGUGUACUUGUCGAGUGAUUACAAUCUCUUGUCAGGCACAUCCAUGGCUUGCCCUCAUAUUGCCGGAGUUGCUGCGCUUCUCAAAGCAGCACACCCCGAUUGGAGUCCUUCGGCUAUUCAAUCGGCAAUGAUGACCACUGCCAAUCAUCUUGAUAGUACCAAUCAGCCAAUCAAGGACUCGGCAUCUAAUUACAGAAACGCCACGCCUCUAGGCAUUGGAUCGGGGCAGGUGGAUCCCAAUCGCGCGCUUGAUCCAGGCCUAGUCUACGAUGCAUCCCCACAAGACUUUGUGAAUCUUGUUUGCUCCAGGAAUUUCACUCGGGAGCAAACUCAAACAAUCACCAGAACAAGCUAUAACUGCUCGAGCCCAUCCUCCGACCUGAAUUACCCGUCUUUCAUUGCUCUUUUUAACAACGACGAAAUAGGGAUGACGUUUAACCGGACAUUCCACAGGACGGUGACGAAUGUAGCAGAUGGUGCAGCCACGUAUAAAGUUAAGCUGGAAAAACCUGCGAAUACCAGAGUUAGAAUUCAGCCAAAGACAUUAGUGUUUCAAAAGAAAUACGAGAAGCAAAGUUAUUCCUUAAACAUCCGUUACAGGGGUGAUAAUAAUGCAUUUCCGAGGCAUGGUUCACUCACUUGGGUUGAGGAAACUGGCAAGCACGUGGUCAGGAGCCCCAUCGUGGUUUCUGGAGGAGUUGAUAAUUUCGGUUAAUUCUAUGUUAGCUCAUCUGUCGCUACUCGCUACUCGCUAGUCAUGAUAUAAGUCGAUCUUUGGAAACCUCUAAAAUUAAUAAUAAUAAUGGCAUUGCAUAGUGGGAGAAUGUUUUAAUGUCCAGUCAGCUCGCAUCUCGUUAAGUAAAGUCUUCGCAACAUUUACAUUGUCGGAGUCUGUAAAAACUUCGACCAAUGAAUAAUACUUCUUUGAUGUAC